AUGAAGGUCCUUGCCGUCUCGCUUGCCUUUUUGCUGAUCAGUGGUCUGAUCAGUACAUCGCUGGCUGAAAAUGACGAAGGAGGAGAAAAAGAGCUUGUUCGAGUUCGCCGCACUAGUUACAACUGCCCAUUCCAGAGAGGUAAAUGCCAUCGUCACUGCAGGAGCAGUGGGCACAUAGAAGGCUACUGCGGCGGUUUUCGGGGAAAGACCUGCAUCUGUGUCAAGGAAUAG